GCAAAGGAAUCGACACGCCAAACAUUACCUCAUUGACUCAUCGGCCUUAAAGCAAACCAGUUACGUCUCCGAUGGCAUGGAACAGCUCAAAAUCAUUCACUGGCUUCACCACUCCCGGCCUGUCUGCAGGAAACUCGAAGGAUGAAGACGUUAGCAUGGAUUAUCUACAGCGUGAGCUAUUCUACUCUACCUGGCCAUUCCAAGCCGAAGGAACCUAAUAGUAUAACAAGCGACAUAUUUAGCACCAGGCCAGAAGGAUUUCAGGAAGCAUUCGAGACAGGAAUCGAAUAUCAGAAGUUUGCUCGUUCGUUGGGAAUGCUUAAGCGAUUCCGAAAAGAAACAGAUGCGAAUAUUGAUAUUUCGUCUAUCCUUCCAGAGUUCGAAGCGCUCUGUGGGGCGAGAGCGGAACAACUGGAGCAUCGCAAGGAUUCGGACGCCGAUUACAUGGCAUUCGGUUUGACUGAUGAAUACAAGCUGUGGCAGUCUGAGAGCCAUACCUGGUUGCUGCUUCAAACUCUCGCCAGUGCCUUCGAUCAUACAAAGCCGCCCAUCAAAAAAGGACCCGAUGCGUUGGCAUGGUCUGAUCUUGAUCUCAUCGAACAUUUGGCAAGGACUGACAACGAGUUUAAGCACCACUCUGCUGUGAGACUGUGGCUCGAGACUAUUGCACCGCCCUUCAACUCUAAUGCCGUGGCGAAGACAUUCACUCAACAAACAUCUAUCGGAUCAGCAUUCUCUUUCGGUCCUAGGCCAUCACCCAUUAAGCCCGAGUAUCUAGACCCUGAUGCGGUCACGAGGGACAGAAUCAAGUUGAGCGAAAGCAAUCAGCUUAUCGAACACAACUUACUGAGAACAGUAUGGGAGUACAUCCGCCGUGGACAGCUUCAGGAGGCGAAGGAUGCCUGUGUCAAGGCAGGUGAACCAUGGCGAGCAGAGAGCAUCAGCGGAGGCGAACCUUACUCCGUGUCCAUUGCAUUCACAGACCCACAGUACGAUCGGGAGGAAGGUCUCAUCGGCAACAAAACGCGCGGGCUCUGGAAAGGAACAUGCUAUGCCCUUGCAAAUGAAGCAUCGGCUGACCAGUACGAGCGGGCAGUCUAUGGUGCAUUAUGCGGCGACGUUCCUUCAGUUCUGCCGGUUUGUUCAAGUUGGGAAGAUCAUGCGUGGGCGCACUAUAACGCUUUGGUUGAGAGUAUGAUUGAGGGGCGUUUGUCACAAUUUAAUCGAGGAGGUGCAAGCAAGGCCCUUCCACUUCCUGCGACAAAGAUCACUUCAGCCAAGGCUGUCUUCGACAGCUUGGCGAACAGUGACUCUGAAGAACUGAGAAACACAUCCAAAGAUGUCUUUAAGGCCAUCCAGACAAGCAUUAUCCUGGGUCAAACUGACCAACUCCUCGCAAAGAUGGCCAGGGACGCUAAGGCAUCAUCUAGUAUUGGCGCACCUCUUCGACCACACAUGCUUCGAUUUAUGGCCCACUUUGUUCUUCUUUUGCGAUCAAGGAAUUCGGUUGUGCCAAAGGAUGACGGCGACUAUUUCGUUAAAAGCUAUGUGGACUACUUGAUCUCAAGGAAAAUGUACGAUCUGGCGCCGCUGUAUGCCUCGUUCUUGCCACUCCAACUCCAAAUCGAGACGUGCUCAUCGUACCUGAAGACGAUCGAUGGAGCCAAGAAGGAGCGCCAAGGAUAUCUAGUGGCUAUUCGGCAGAAUGGCUUGGAUUUGCACAAGAUUCUCACGGCGACGGUGGACGGCCUCAUGGACAACAAUAAAGCGGAGCUUGAAUGUGUUGGGGACUACGCGACCAAUAUGCAAGAGAGUAUUAUGAAGCCCAUCUCAAGUCAGGAGAAGGCCGCCAUAAAAGCAAUGGAGUGGCUGACUUUCGAUGAAGCGCCGUACGACGAAUGUUUGCAUCGUAGCAACUACUUGACGAGAAGAUACCUAUUGCAAGGUCGUUUGUAUGCAGCGUUCUCGUUGUUUAAUGCUCUCCCGUCUGACAUUGUCAAGGAUGAUCUGGAUGAGGCACCGCCAUUCUUGCUCACUGUUUCCCAUGAGCAUCUUUAUUAUCGCGACUUGUUCAACGCACGACUACUGUUCGAGGAAUGGAGAGACGCUAUAAGGUCCAAACCCGUGGAGGAAGCGUCGCGAUCAAGGAUGCAUGCGUGGGAAUUAGAUGUGAAGAACCGGGCGCAGAAGGCGAUCGUGGAGAUCGAGUCAUUGCUGCAGUCAAGGUGGCUUUUCGACUGCAUUCUGGCUGGAGACACGACUAGAAAUCAGGAACUGAGGCGUCUUCGCCAGAUCUAUGUCUCUGAACUGGUGAUGAACCUGCACAAGAUUUACUAUGACAGCCGGGUCGUCAUCCCCGAGUAUCUGGAAAAGUCCGUCGACAUGUCCAACCUUGUUGCAAGCGAGGCCGCAGGCGUGCCAUUGUAUAAGGAAUUGCAGGAAAGCAAUCGCCUGGCAGAAUUCCUGGACCAUGUCCGCUUAUCCUCACUCGAGUUGGUCAGAGAGGGGCGAUCGCCCUUUGCAUUUUAGUGUCAUCGUGCCGGCCCGUUGUGAUCGAUAGAGUUCGCAUGUCGCUCAAAAAAAAAAAAAAUAGAUAGGCACGCUGCACAAAAAAGGAAAUUUUUUUGCGAUCCAGGCACAAAGUGU